GAUUCCAGUUGAGGAGGGGGGCUGAGGUUCAUAAAAAGAGAAAAGAGAAAAGGAGAACACAGGGCUUGUGGGUAAUUAUGGCACGAAGUGGUAGGAGUGGGAGCGUUUGGGAAAGACUCGGGGGCCAGAUGUGUGAGGAAUGUUCUGGCUGCUGCAGUCUGCAGAGAGGUGGGUGGGUGGGGGGAGUGAAGACCAGUCGAAUAACACAGCCUGCAGAUCGUUAAGGAGCUGUCAGGCCUCCAGCGCUCUACUGUGUAUUUCACAUCAUCUCGCUGAGCAGCCUCAGCUUUCUGCCUGGAAGCAGUGGAAAGUAACUUAGUACAUUUCCACAAGUACUUCAUAAAUACAGUACUGACGCUCUGGUACUCAAGUUUUUCCAUUUUAUACGAAUUUAUACUUAAUUCUACCAGAUUAAGAGGAAAUACUACACUUUUUUAUCUUCGCUGGUGGUUACACUUCUGUGAUUGCAGUGCCGAUACUUAAUCUGACAGCUGUUGAAGGGAUAAACAUGAAUUAAUGGUCUCUGGAAGUUGAGCACAUUUUUGUUUCAACAAAUUUCCCGUGGCACCGUUUCGGUUUACCUUUUAGACUCCAAACGAGAAUCCAAGAGACGUCCUUGGACCAAGAUGAUGGACACGAGUCAAAGCCAGUGAGUCCCAAAACAACUUGUUUGUUCCUUGUGCUGAAGUGUCCUUAGGUAAGACACUUGACCUCACCUGCACACGCUGUUCUCUACACAUUAGCAGCCUCUGCCAUCAGUGUGUGAAUGGGUGAAUGUAACAUGUGAUGUAAAAGGGCUUUAAGUGGCCAGAAGACAAGAAAAAGGAACUUUAACUAGGACUGUCCCAAUACGAUAUUGGUCCGAUAUCAGCCAAAAAACAAAUACCGAGUUAUAUCGGCCUGCAUCAAAAAUCUCCGAUAUCACUCCGAUACAAGCAGUCCAUUCCAGACUUCACUCCGGAACCUCUAGCUAGCAGCGCCCGGAUCCAGCAUGAAGAGCCGAUAUCGGUCCGAUAUCAGCCAAAAAACAAAUAUGAGAUUAUAUCACCCUGCAUCUAAAAUCUCCAAUAGUAAAACUCUGAUAUAAGCAGUCCAUUCCAGACUCCACUCCGGCACCUCAAGCUAGCAGGACCCGGAUCCAGCAUGCAGAGCCGAUAUCGGUCCGAUAUCAGCAUAAAAAACAAAUAUCAGAUUAUGUCACGUUGCAUCUAAAAUCUCUGAUAUCAGCACUCCAAUACAAGCAGUCCAUUCCAGACUCCGCUCCGGCACCUCUAUCUAGCAGCGCCCAGAUCCAGCAUGUAGAGCCCGCAUGAUCACAACAAAAGUGUGUACUAAGGUACUAACAAAGUAGCAAGGAGUAGGAGUGAUGUCAGCAGUGUAGCAGUAUUUUUCGUGAAAUUCCGAAAAAGACAUUGCAGCUGAAUGCAAAACUUGUCAUACACAAGUUUGUCCAACUAUCGGAACAAUAUCAGUAGCGGCUGAAAGCUACAAUAUCGGUAUCGUAUUGGAAGUAAAAAAGUUGUAUCUGGUCACUCCUACCUUUAGCAACACAACCUUACAUCCAAAUGUCAAAAAAGUAGAUUGCCAAAGUCAGAAAAUCUGUUUUUUGUGUCAUAAUUGGACUAAUAAGCGCUAGCUAAGAGCUUAACCUCGAUAAUGAGGAUAGAAAACACAACACGCUCCAGUGUCUACGCACUAGAUUUCCAAAGAACUUCAUCAUACUGUCUGGAAAUCUCUGAGGAGCAUCAGUUCUGGUUAAGGCCUUGGAGAUGGUCCCUGAAGAACCAACCAGCCAAACAUAAUUGUGUUCGCGGUGUCAUUAAGGACGUUUUAGCGGGGCCAACAGUAGCAUCAGCACAAAGCACAUCUGUCCCUCGAGGAUAGCUUUUGGACGGACUACCACAGCUGUAGACUGUUGGGCUUGUUCCUGCCCCACAUUUUUUGAUCGAUAGUUUUACUUCCUAAUUUUAAGAGCAAGAUGUGCCAGAAUAAAACCUCGGUAGGCUUCAAGUUUGACCUUCACUUUGGCUUAUUUUUGUUGCAUGGAAUUAAAGUCGGAUUUUUGUAGGUGGACGUACCAACUCUGGGCAAGAACAGUGGACAAAGGACAUCUUAAUGCGGAGAAAGAACUCCGACAUUUGGCUGAUUGUACAGCUGCGCUCCUCCUUGAGUAGGAUGUUAGUUCUUUUGCGUAAGUUAAUGAUUUGGAUACCUCUUCCUUCGCCGCAGACAGCUGCAUCACCGCAGCCAGUCCUCCGCGAUCAAUUUGGAGCCACAAGAAGCUGCUCAUGAUUUCACACAGGCUACCCACAAUGCACCUGGAGGGCUCAACCUGCGUCACAGUCAGAUAGUCUCUUAAGGAAAAAAUAAAAAACACACCCUCCAUCUGCUUCUCAUCAUUCUCAUCCAUCUCCCCUCCUCCCGCUCUCGCACACUCUUUCUUUCUCCCUCUCUCUCUCUGUUUCAUGCUCUGCCUCGCUAACUCAUCCAGCUCUUCGCCACAAACUCCGGUGGUGUGGCGUGGAUAAAUAGGCCACAGCAGCUGGGUCUGACUCCUGACCAGGACCACCCCUCCAGACCUGACCGACAAGCCUCUCUUUCCUUCCCACCACCUCUCUCUGUGUCCGUGCCCACAUGUUUUCAAGACAGAGCUGCGAGCGGAGCAGUUUUCCCUGUUACUGCCUUUGUUUGCAUGAUGAUUUAUUUGGCCGCGGACGGUUUCUAUUCAUUAAAAUUCAUUACCUGAGCUUGACAAAUGAGCGUGCAACUGCUUAGUCUGAACCUCAUAAAAGGUUUGUUUACACUUUUAGAGUUUGUAGGCCGGAAAAGAUCCAGGUUUUGAGUUAUGACAGCUCUACAAAAAUCUAUUUUCCGUGUUCCUUCUUGAGCGCUUCAGGGCCAUACACAAAUACACCCAAAACGUACAUGGUUCAAAUAAAUUCCUGAUUGCGCCUUUAAGUUGAGAGCGUGUUGUUUGUUCAGCUGCCGAGGGCCUCAGAGAGAAACCCGGGGAGGCCGCGGAGAAUUCAUACCUUCCAUUCAUCACAGAGGAGAGGGAGGCUGAGGGUAAAGAAAGAGCGAGGAAAUGAAGAGACAAGAGUGUGUGUUUUUUUCUGCUCUGCUGAGUAAGGAGAGAGGUAAAGCUCAGCUUUCUGACAGCUGGGCUGUGAAACCUCUGCUGCACUGAUUGACUGCUCAGACCUCAUUCAGCUGAACGUUUUGUACCAGUCACCUCAGAUUGGACUUACUGAGGUGAUGAACUCUGAGUUUGGAUGUGUUGCGGGAUUUUUGUGACAACAGUUUUGUAACAGCUUCUUCACAUGACUUCAGACUGUAACAUUUUGGGGAAUUUUUUUAUUCACUCCCUUUUUAGGAGCUCAGUAGUAGAAACUAAAGGCUUUAUCCUGCAGGUGCACGAUCAAAAGAGCUGAAUCUGCGUAGCUCAGCACAAAGACAUGCAGCAGUCAGUAUGUUUACAUGUUUGAAAUGAUAACAUUAGUCUGACUUUAUAAAUCAACACAUUAGUCUGACUAAAACUGCACCGGCGGGAUUUUCUUUAGUCAGACGAUCAGGCCUCAAUAAUGCAGAUGUGCACUGAUUUCUUUUUUGCAUGUGGAUGUCUUCAUCAGACCCCAAACUGGCCAAAAUGUUGAGUGAAUCCUCCACAGCUGGGUAGCUGAAACCUUUUGGCUCCUUUAGCUUUGAUCACCUGCCACAAGGGGUCAACCGAUCAUUGACCUUUGCCAAUUACCAGUGCUGAUAUAAUCAAUUUUCCUCACCUCAUGUCCUGCCCACAACACUAUCCGAUUGGCUAAACAUCCCACAGCUUUGACAUAACUGUACUGUAACCAAUUUUCCACCACAUCCGGAAUGGCUACAAAAAGGCCGUAUCCGCCGAUCAUAACCAUUCAAGUUAAUGUGUUAAUUUCCACCGGCUUCUUUCCAUUCCGCAGCUGAUCGCAAGAGUUCAUACCGGAUAAAUUCAGCACAGAUUCACACAUGCUGAAUGGAAAGUCAAGCACAGACACAAAAUAAAACACUCCGUGUUUCAGGCAGGUCGUAUUUCACACUAUGCCAACAGGCAGGGACGAACAAGUAAAAGGUUUAUUGACAGCAUUUCACCCCGAUGAUACCAUGGAUGAGGAGAAUCUGAUUUUAUAAGUCUAAAAGUAGAUUUCCUCCUCUGGAAGGACACAAUCUACUGCUUAUAUGGUUAGCCUAUGUGGCUAAAGACAACUUGUUAUCACGCGAUUGCACGUGAAUCUGAGGGUACUUGUGAGUUCUUGCGAUUCCUGCUGUCCAUUAUCCGCCACGAAAUUCGCCUCACAAACGGAUCUGGAAGGAAUUGGUAGAUGGCAAAAAUCGCCACCGUUCCGGAUGCGGUGGAAAUCCCGGGCUAAUGUAGCUGGUCAAAGGUUUUGCAUCCUUCAUUUUUACUUAUAACACACGCUAAAGACAUUUAAAGGCAUUAAAAAGUGUAAAUGUUGACAGAUUUGGACUCCUUAGGAAAGACUGAAGUGUACCCUUCCCUUUUUGAGACUACUAGAGUCAGUCCAGCUAGAAAAAAGCAGUUAGCACAUGUUCGAAUGGCGAGCUAAUUUUGGGUGACCAUGUUAUGAAUCCUCAAAAGGGGACAAUACUACGCUGGGGCAGAGUCACAAAGUCACAGAGUCGUGAGUGGUUAAUUUCCACAAGUCCACAAGACACAAACUCAAAACUUCCAUACAAAACCCCGGACAUUUGAAGGAUUUUAAAAACUCCCCCAGACAAGGCCAGAAAGACCCCAAAAAAGAGGCCAUGUCUGGGUAAAAGAGGGCGCAUGGUCAACCUCGCUAACUGUUGCUUUAUCGGCAGGUUCUGUAACUUACUGUUACUCCCAAUGUCAAUGCAACGUCCAUCCUGACAUAAAUAUCAAAGUAUCUUAUAAUAUAAAUUAGCUGAUAUCUUACAUGAGGCUCAAAAAUCACUAAAUUUCAUCGUCUUUUCAGAACCAUGAAGCUAAAAUGUCUCUCUGUUCAUGGAGUGUUAGUACAUACAGUAUGUACAUGUUGUCCUCUAUACUGUUUCCUGUAGCGGUUAUAUCAUAGAGGAGUUAUAGCGCUUUACAGUCUGUUGAAAGCAGAACCUGCCAAGUCUGAAAGGUUGCUAUAGAGCAACCCAAACACGCAAAACAAACUCGAAAUGCAGAAAGAGAAAGCCGAUGAAACUCUGCUGAUGUGUUCACGUUGAAGCUCAUCUGACUGUGUUUUUGCUGUCACUUUGUUCCAACUUCCCCAGUCAUGUCCGAGGCCAGGCCAGAGCCUUGCUUCAUCCUGUUGUUACUCAGUCCAGUUGCACCAGUGCUGCGGCACAACCGUCUCAUCAGCACUUCUCACUUCCUCAAAAAACCCUUUGCGACUGAAAAACACGUCCUGAUGGCCGAUUUCAGAUCAGGAAGAACACAGCUUCUGCGGUCAAGGAAUAAUCCCAACCACGUGAACCACGCUGUGCCCAGAACAGCUGUGAAGCCUGCUGAUUCAACGAAAUACUGA